UAAAGUUUAUUUAUUGACCUCUUUACCAUCCUUCGUCAAUCUCUAUAUAUACCAGGUCCUUAAGCACAAGUGCACAACCAUUCACCACCAUAGUUGAAAUCCAUAUCUUCACUAGCCAAAAAUAGUCUGAUCACCGAACUCACCAAGCAAGGCCAUGUCCAAGGUGCUUUGUGUCACUGGAGCUAGCGGCGCCAUCGGAUCAUGGGUGGUUAAGCUCCUCCUCGACCGUGGCUACACCGUCCACGCCACCGUCCAAGAUCUCAAGGAUGAAAAAGAGACCAAACAUCUGGAGGCAAUGGAAGGAGCUAAGGGCCGUCUCCGCCUCUUCGAGAUGGACCUUCUUGACACCAACUCCAUCGCUACCACCGUGAAGGGUUGUAAUGGCGUCAUACACCUUGCCUGUCCUAAUGUCAUUGGCGAAGUCACAGAUCCAGAGAAACAAAUAUUGGAACCGGCAAUAAAAGGGACAGUAAAUGUUCUGAAGGCGGCGAAGGAAGCAGGGGCGGAGCGGGUGGUGGCGACGUCGUCUAUCUCCGCCAUCACGCCGAGUCCGAAUUGGCCAGCUGAUAAGAUCAAGGGAGAGGACUGUUGGACGGAUCUUGAAUACUGCAAGGAAAAGGGGUUAUACUAUCCCAUUGCGAAAACACUAGCUGAAAAAGCAGGCUGGGAAUUUGCAAAGGAAACAGGCUUCGAUGUGGUGAUGAUAAAUCCUGGCACUGCCUUGGGCUCUCUUAUUUCCCCACGAAUCAAUUCCAGCAUGGCUGUGCUUGCUGGCGUUCUCAAAGGUGAUAAAGAGACAUACGAGGACUUCUUUAUGGGAAUGGCUCACUUUAAAGAUAUUGCCUUGGCCCAUAUUUUGGCAUUUGAGAACAAGAAGGCAGCUGGAAGGCACUUAUGUGUGGAAGCUAUUCGUCACUAUAGUGAUUUUGUGGCAAUGGUUGCUGACUUAUACCCUGAAUAUAAUGUGGUUAGGGUGACAAAGGAUACCCAACCAGAGUUGUUGAGAGCAAAUAAUGCAUCCAAGAAGCUGAUUGAUUUAGGUAUAAACUUCACACCUGCUGAACAAAUUAUCAAGGAUGCAGUGGAAUGUUUGAAAAACAAGGGUUAUGUCUAACUUAUCUGCUUUUAGAUGUGGUGAUGGUGUUAAUUGCGCACCCUUCUAUCCUAGUUUGACUCAUUGUUCGUGCCAUUGUCUUCUUUUCAUUUCACUUUCAGUUGUGUGCUUAUAACUAUCAAGUAAAAUAAGGGUGCAUUGUAUCAACAUUUGAACACAGUUCUUAUGUAUGGGAAAUUGUGUUGUGGUUAUCAAUGGAUGAGCGGCUUCAUCUUCA